GGCUGGAGGUCUCAGUCAGAAGUGCAGUGGGUUCCUCAAAGGAAGGUACUGCACUUUGCUCUCAUGUAUAGGUCCACUACACGCUGGGCUGUGUGUGUGUGUGUGUGUGUGUGUGUGUGUGUGUGUGUGUGUGUGUGUGUGUGUGGUGCGUGUUCGGUAUGUAUGUGUGUGUGAGGGGCGUGCGUGCGUCUGUGUGUAUGUGGGCGCCUUCUAUGUGUGUUACAUGUGUUUUAAAGUAAGGUAUAUGUGGUCGUUGUGGUCAGUGUGGGAGAGGUGCAUCUAGACUUCCUAGCUAGUCACUUCCUGAAUAUUCUUCUCUUCUGAGCCAGUCACAGUACUUUCCCCACUCUAUGUUGAACUGGAAUAGAAUAAUAGUUAUACUGAUAUUAUUAUUAUUAUUAUUAUUAUUUAUUAUUAUAUAGCUUAUAUUUAUGUAUACUGAUGAGAUACAGUAUACUGCAGUUUCCUGAUGUAUUAACUGCUGUUUUCCCUUUGAAAACUUAACAUUAACAAAAUACUUUUCUUAUUUUAGUGUGUGUGUGUGUGUGUGUGUGUUUUAUGUGUCUUUCUUGACAGGUAAUGCUUUAAUGAAACAGUUACUCCUAACACAAGCCUUAAAUGUGCCUCUAAAAAUCCGGAAAACAAAAAGAACUGUUGACAGCUAAAGAGAUGUGCUGUAUUGAACAAGGCAAGUCCAACCACUUUAUUUUCUCAGCAUGUGCCCCUUUCUGUCCAAUGGGGUAAUUUCUGGACAAUAUUUAGGAGGACCCCUUUUUGGCUCAAGAACACCCCCAGAGGCAAACAUAAUGUAUAGCCCUUUUGUUCAGUGUCAAUCCCUCCACGUUACUCCCAUCAUCACAUCUACUAUACCUGCUGAACACUGCAGGAGCAUAUAGACUCACAAUUAACUUGCAUAGGUUACAUAAUGAAGCUGUUUCCCCCCCUUACCGAACCAAUCUACUGACUAACUGACAGUGGCCCCUCCACAUUUUUCUAUAUCGUUACCUGCUUGGACUGCAGUAUCAUAUUAACUCGCUGCUGUUACCGUACUCUCUCACCCCCCCUCUCCACCUCUCCCUCCCGAACCCAGUCUACUAGAUUGUUAGAUUGUGACAGUCAUGCAAGUCUUUGGUUUCACAACUGUGGGAUGAAUAGAGUCUGACGUAUACAGUAGUAGUUUGUUGCCGUUUUCAAAACACAUACAACUCAUUUACAUGAGAUCUAAAAAAAAAAAAAAAAAAAAAAAAAAAAAAAACACUUCUGGAAACUCUAGUCUAGUUUGACGGAAGCCUUGGUUGUUGCUUGUUCUUGUGGUGGCUGAUACUGUAUAGAGAUCGACGUCUGUUACUUUCUGCUGCUCUCUGAGUGUGACUGGCAAGAUGGCCGAUGCUCUUGAGCCUCUCUGCUAUUAUGGAAGUACUACUGUAAAUGUUAUGAUGCGGCAAAAUGGGAAGGCAGGGUAUUAAUCACAUUUCAAUAAUGAAAUGCACAGUUCUCUUUUUGUGCUUUAAGUGUGAGUCCUGCUUUUGAAACUUUGAACUGUCCUUUUUAAGCAAACAAUUUAUCUUAUUUAAAUGUUGCUUAACGAGAAAACGAAUACAUUACCAACUCCAGACAUUCAUACCUGUAUAUAUUAUUUCUCAUACUCAUUUUGCAUAUUAGACCCAGGUUUGAAUAUGUGUAACUUAGUUUUAGGGCAGUUGUGUUAACUUAGUGUCAGGGCAGUUGUGUUAACUUAGUGUCAGGGCAGUUGUGUUAACUUAGUGUCAGGGCAGUUGUGUUAACUUAGUGUCAGGGCAGUUGUGUUAACUUAGUGUCAGGGCAGUUGUGUUAACUUAGUGUCAGGGCAGUUGUGUUAACUUUGUGUCAGGGCAGUUGUGUUAACUUAGUGUCAGGGCAGUUGUGUUAACUUAGUGUUAGGGCAGUUGUGUUAACUUAGUGUUAGGGCAGUUGUGUUAACUUAGUGUCAGGGCAGUUGUGUUCUCUGUUCCACUUUGGUGUUGAGUCUGAAUACCACUCUUCUGUCAAAAUUUUACAUUUUUAGUCAUUUAGCAGAUGCUCUUAUCCAGAGCGACUUACAGGAGCUCAAGGGCACAUCGACAGAUUUUUCACCGCCUCGGGGAUUAGAACCAGCGACCUUUCGGUUACUGGCACAACGCUCUUAACCACUAAGCUACCUGCCGCCCCAGUAGUGUGUUCUGUUCUGUCAACUAUACAAACAUCCAUGCAUUGAUGUCCUCCGCUUGUCUGUAGAGACAAUCAGCCCAAGGCUAUAAAACCUUUCCUGUCCUUCCUAUCUAUAUGUGCUGUUGUAGGACCUUCCUCUUACCACCACCAUCCAAGAGCCCAUACCAUUACCAGACCCCCAGCAUUCAACCACCAUCCAAGAGCCCAUACCAUUACCAGACCCCAAGCAUUCAACCACCAUCCAAGAGCCCAUACCAUUACCAGACCCCAAGCAUUCAACCACCAUCCAAGAGCCCAUACCAUUAAUAAUAAUAAUAAUAUGCCACUUAGCAGACGCUUUUAUCCAAAGCGACUUACAGUCAUGUGUGCAUACAUUUUUGUGUAUGGGUGGUCCCGGGGAUCGAACCCACUACCCUGGCGUUACAAGUGCCGUGCUCUACCAGCUGAGCUACAGAGGACCACCAUCCAAGAGCCCAUACCAUUACCAGACCCCCUGCAUUCCACCACCAUCCAAGAGUCCAUACCAUUACCAGACCCCCUGCAUUCCACCACCAUCCAAGAGCCCAUACUGUUACCAGACCCCCUGCAUUCAACCACCAUCCAAGAGCCCAUACCGUUACCAGACCCCCUGCAUUCCACCACCAUCCAAGAGCCCAUACCGUUACCAGACCCCUGCAUUCCACCACCAUCCAAGAGCCCAUACCAUUACCAGACCCCCUGCAUUCAACCACCAUCCAAGAGCCCAUACCAUUACCAGACCCCCUGCAUUCAACCACCAUCCAAGAGCCCAUACCAGUUACCAGACCCCCUGCAUUCCACCACCAUCCAAGAGCCCAUACCGUUACCAGACCCCCUGCAUUCCACCACCAUCCAAGAGCCCAUACCAUCACCAGACCCCCUGCAUUCCACCACCAUCCAAGAGCCCAUACCGUUACCAGACCCCCUGCAUUCACCACCAUCCAAGAGCCCAUACCGUUACCAGACCCCCUGCAUUCAACCACCAUCCAAGAGCCCAUACCAUUACCAGACCCCCUGCAUUCCACCACCAUCCAAGAGCCCAUACCGUUACCAGACCCCUGCAUUCCACCACCAUCCAAGAGCACAUACCAUUACCAGACCCCCUGCAUUCAACCACCAUCCAAGAGCCCAUACCGUUACCAGACCCCCUGCAUUCCACCACCAUCCAAGAGCCCAUACCGUUACCAGACCCCCUGCAUUCAACCACCAUCCAAGAGCCCAUACUGUUACCAGACCCCCUGCAUUCAACCACCAUCCAAGAGCCCAUACCAUUACCAGACCCCCUGCAUUCACCACCAUCCAAGAGCCCAUACGUUACCAGACCCCCUGCAUUCAACCACCAUCCAAGAGCCCAUACCGUUACCAGACCCCUGCAUUCACACCAUCCAGAGCAUACCGUUCAGCCCCUGCAUCCCCACAUCAGGCCUACCGUACAGGACCCCUGCAUUCAACCACCUCCAAGAGCCCAUACUGUUACCGACCCCUGCUUCACCACCUCAAAGCCAUAACGUACAGACCCCCUGCUUCCCACAUCCAAGAGCCCAUACAUUACCAGACCCCCUGCAUUCCACCCCAUCAAGAGCCCAUACAUUACCAUCCCCAUCCAAGAGCCCAUACCAUUACCAGACCCCCUGCAUUCCACCACCAUCCAAGAGCCCAUACCAUACCAGACCCCCAAGCAUUCCACCACCAUCCAAGAGCCCAUACCGUUACCAGACCCCCCUGCAUUCCAACCACCAUCCAAGAGCCCAUACCGUUACCAGACCCCCUGCAUUCCACCACCAUCCAAGAGCCCAUACCGUUACCAGACCCCCUGCAUUCAACCACCAUCCAAGAGCCCAUACCGUUACCAGACCCCCUGCAUUCAACCACCAUCCAAGAGCCCAUACCGUUACCAGACCCCCUGCAUUCAACCACCAUCCAAGAGCCCAUACCGUUACCAGACCCCCUGCAUUCCAACCACCAUCCAAGAGCCCAUACCAUUACCAGACCCCAAGCAUUCCACAGUAGUGGAUCUAUUGUGCUUUGCCCCUUGGCAUGACAGGUACAGUGGUAGCGUAUGUGCUGUGCCAUCAACACACAUGAUUUCUAGUGUCUGGUAACCCACAAUGUGGCAUUGUUUUCCCCCUUCACCUUCUGAAAGCCACUGAGAUAUUGAAGACUAAUGUCUCUUUUGAACAGUGUUCCACUGUUGGCAACUAAAAGCCUGUUCUCCCAUAAUGGUCGUCUUGCAUAACUGUUACUGUCUUCUGCCGGUCCAUGUUUUAUAAUAUUAGAUUAGAUUAAAGAUGGGUUAUAUGCCCAUAAAUUCAAGUCAUAAGACAAAAAUACUGCUUUUGUGUUAUAACUAAUGGUGCGUCCAGAAAUCUCCACCCAUCUCCCUCGAUUCUGAAUUGGUCCCAUCAUCCCUGCUUUCUUUUGUGUUUUAUUUUAAUUUUGUCUCUCUCUCUCUUUCUUUAUCUAUAAGUUCAAUUAAAGGGCUUUGUUGGCAUGGGAAACGUAUGUUAACAUUGCCAAAGCAAGUGAAGUAGAUAGUAAACAAAAGUGAAAUAAACAAUAAAAAUGAACAGUAAACAUUACACUCACAAAAGUUCCAAAAAUAAUAAAGACAUUUCAAAUGUCAUAUUAUGUAUAUAUACAGUGUUGUAACAAUGUGCAAAUAGUUAAAGUACAAAAGGGAAAAUAAAUAAACAUAAAUAUGGGUAGUAUUUACAAUGGUGUUUUGUUCUUCACUGGUUGCUCUUUUCUUGUGGCAACAGGUCACAUGGAGUGGGUUAAGGAGCUGGAACACGUGAGUUCAGGCGGAGGAGAGAGAGACUAAUUCGGGGACAUGGUGUCUGUGCCCUGCCUAUUCCUCUGUGACAGACUCUCUUACUAUCAAAUCGAACAGCUGGCCAGCGCUCACGCAAGACGCGCAAUAUUUGUUUCCGUGUGCCAAGAUUUGGGCCCUGAUUUGGGGCGAUGAUGGGCUGGUUGUAGAGCACAGGCUGUUAGUGACGCUGUCCCCAUCUGCUAGUCUCUCUUAGCUGGCCAGUGCACGUGAGUUUUGUGUCUGGUUUCCCAAAUUGGUUGACAACCACACUUGGAAAACAAAUGGGAGUCUCCUAAUGUUCCAUCCCCUUCACAAAGCAAGUCUAGCUUCUUCUUAGUUUAUAGGUGUACAGCUGUAAGUGCCUAAAUCAUGUAUUCUAUCUGGUCAAAUACAGUGAGGGAAAUAAUAAAUACAUCAUUUUUAUUUGGUCAAAUACCAUUCUGUGUCUGGUGUACAUUUUUUAGUUAUAUCAGUUAUCGUAUCAGUAAUUUUCAUACUUUGUCGUUUUUAUUUGUAUUUGAUCUAUGCUUGAUGCUGUUUAGGCCUUAUCUCCGAACACUGAAAAGCUUUACUGUCGUUAGCGUCGUAUAUAACGUUUCCUGCCGCUUGCAUUUGGUGAAAGGACGUUUUAGGUCAUCCAAUGUUAGGGGCAGUUUGUGUGGUUUUUACUGUUUGAAUUUACUAGAGGUAUAACUUCCAAGGGUCGUUGUUGACGUUGAUUUGAUAUGACGGUAUGUGUUCUUUAUGCAUGAGUCAUUUUUUUUCACACAUACAGUUGUCGAUAUUUAAUUUUCGUUGGGGAUUGUCAGGUAAGAGGAUAGUGCUCAGUUUUAUUCUGACUGUAUAGGUUAUGUGUGUGUGUGUGUGUGUGUGGGGGGGGGGGUUCUUCUAUUCUUGUAGCGAUCUAAAAUCCCCAAAUGUUCCCACAAGGAUAGUAAAACAAGGAAAGUUCUUCCUCGUGGAGACAUUUCCCACAUGCCCAUGAGGACAAAGGCUAUUUUAAACUUAGGGGUUAGUGUUUGGGUUACGGUUACGAGUUAAGGUUAGGGUUAGCAGUUAGGGAAAAUAGGAUUUUUAAUGGAAAUUAAUUUUUGGUCCCCACGAUGAUUGAAGAACAUAAGAUGUGUGUGUGUGUGUUGUGGGACAUGUCUAAUACAGUCAGUGGAUUGGCUGAAGGGCAAUGCUCUCUUCAUCCCCUCUGUUCCUGCACUGAGCUGAACUCUCCUGGAAGAUACUAGGACCAGUCACAUGUCUGACACACACACACAGUAAGCUCUCCCAGGAAGCCAGACGUGCAUUAUGGGAGGAUGAUUCACUCUCUCUGGUGUGUGGGUGGUUCAGAUUGUCCUUGUGUGGGUGGUUCAGAUUGUCCGUGUGUGGGUGGUUCAGAUUGUCCGUGUGUGGGUGGUUCAGAUUGUCCGUGUGUGUUCACAUCUGUGUGUGUCUCAGUUCAAGUCAGUGAUUCUAUUUGCGUGCUCGUUAGUAGUACCCACCUGCUGUUGAAAUUGUCACCCAGGGUUUGUCAUCGUGGCAGGACGUCACGGUGGAAAAUAUGUCCAGUCAACUAUCCAUCCUCCUAUGAUCUCAUAUCCCACCGUCUGAUUCUUCCAGGUUUCUGACUUAUCCUAUUUAGUUUUUUCCAGCCGUGUAUUUGGGGACUUUGUAUUGGUAAAGCGGGAAUUCUUCUUUCGGGAAUUGGAGGGUCGGUUAUUAAUUUAAAAAGUGACAGGUCACAGGUCAGACAGGUAGCGAUGAGUCAUGUGAUCUGAAAGGUUGAAAACUAAGAAUCAUAGGAAGCCGUUUUUGUCACAAUCUUCCUCACCCUCUUCCCCCUCAUGCAUAAUAAAACCAGUGACAUAAUGACAUCCCAUCCAAACAGUCUGUACUUUCCCCAUUGUUAAUGUUGGUUUCUGGAAUACAUAAGCUGUUGUCUUCUCUACUCACACAUCACACAGCCCUCAUUUCAGAAGCUGUAAAUUAGUCGUAAUCAAAAACAUAUUGCUGUUAUGCAUUUGCCAGACUAUAUCAAGUGUAAAUCUGUUGUGUGUGUGUGAACUAUGCUUUUGUUUUCACACAUUAUUGCACAUCAUUUUUGCUUAACUGUUUCGGCGUUAAGGUGAGCUGUGUAACCAUCAGAUUCACCUUUUUUGGAAUAUUGAAACUUUUGGCGCUUAGUGUCUCUCAGUGGCCGAUGGAUACCUGGCUGCAGGUACAUGCAGCUGUGCUUGACUUGUGUUGUGCUCUUUUGUGGGGGAUUCGAUUCAAGCCAGGCUUGUGGGAGUGGGACGAGGCAAAUGCAAUGGGGAGGGAGGGUGGAUAAGUCCAUAUUGUCAAUGUUGACUGGUCUCAGAAAAUAAAUUAGCGGAGAUGGUUUCAAAUGCUACUGUAAGUAAAGUGGAGAAGAGAGAGGAGGCAUAUGUUCUAUUGUUUUAUUGUAUGAUGGGCGGGUGGGCAAGGGUUACCGUGGCAACAUCAUUUUGACCGUUGCCGUGGGGAAGUGAAGUUCUCAGUAUAUUUACACGUCGAUCUCUUUAAAGCCUCUGAUAUAAAAACAAGACUGAUGACUGUUCGCUUCUUAGAGCUAAAUGAAUUUCUAUUAAAUAUUUUAAAAAGAUUGCUCAAACUGAUUGUGUGCAAUUGUAAUGAUGGAAAUUCAAUAAAAUAGGUAUUUUUACACUAAUCACGUGUGUGUGUGUGUGUGUGUGGGUGUAUGUGUAUCCACCUUCUUUCUCAUUCUUCUUUGUCUUUCUCAGAAGGGCCAGCCAGGAGAAAAAAGGCUUUUUGAGGAUGUUUUUUUUCCCCUUUAUGGCUCCGGCCCAACGUUAAAUCAAAACCGCAGACUGACAGGCUGAAACCUGUCGACAACAGAGAAAAUGAUUUCAAUAGAACAUCUUGUGCUCUAUUACAAUAUAGAUUAUAUUUAUCUAAAUUCAAUUUAAAGGUUUUGAAAAUCUUGCUAAUCAUGUUUUUACAAUUUAGUUAAUUUGGUAUGCAAAUAACGGCUAGUCAAAAGGAUCUCUACUGUGCAUGGUGCUUCUCUUUUUCACUAUGUUUCAGUAGUGACAAAUGUAGUGGGAAGGAAUUCAGGUAAAUAUUUCAAAUCUGCAAUGCAAACGAAGUGUGUCAGUAGUAUUUACACUACUAUUCAAAAGUUUGGGGUCACUUAGAAAUGUCCUUGUUUUCCAUGAAAACAUACAUGAAAUGAGUUUGAAUAGGAAAUAUAGCAAAAUGAAUAGGAAAUGUAGUCAUUGACAAGGUUAGAAAUAAUGAUUUUUAAUUAAAAUAAUAAUAAUUGUGUCCUUCUGACUUUGCUUUCGUCAAAGAAUCCUCCAUUUGCAGCAAUUACAGCCUUGCAGACCUUUUGGCAUUCUAGUGGUCAAUUUGAUGAGGUAAUCUGAAGAGAUUUCACCCCAUGCUUCCUGAAGCACCUCCCACAAGUUGGAUUGGCUUGAUGGGCAAUUCUUACGUACCAUAUGGUCAAGCUUUCAGUUGUGCUAACAUAAUUGCAAAAGGGUUUUCUAAUGAUCAAUUAGCCUUUAAAAUGUAUAAACUUGGAUUAGCAAACACAACGCGCCAUUGGAACACAGGACUGAUGGUUGCUGAUAAUGGGCCUCUGUACACCUAUGUAGAUAUUCCAUGAAAAAAUCAGCCAUUUCUAGCUACAAUAGCCAUUUACAACAUUAACAAUGUCUACACUGUAUUUCUGAUCAAUUUGAUGUUAUUUUAAUGGACAAAAAAAUUGCUUUUCUUUGGAAAACAAGGACCUUUCUAAGUGACCCCAAACUUUUGAACGGUGGUGUAUGUCUACCUGAUAUACAGUGCAUUGGGAAAGUAUUCAGACCACUUCCCUUUUUCCACAUUUUGUUACAUUACAGCCUUAUUCUAAAAUGGAUUAAAUUAUUUUUUCCCCUCUUCAAUCUACACACAAUGACAAAGCGAAAACAGAAAUCUUUGCAAAUCUAUUAUAAAUAAAAACCAGAAAUACCUUAUUUACAUAAGCAUUCAGACCCUUUGCUAUGAGACUCGAAAUUGAGCUCAGGUGCAUCCUGUUUCUAUUGAUCAUCCUUGAGAAGUGUCUACAACUUGAUUGGAGUCCACCUGUGGUAAAUUCAAUCGAUUGGACAUGAUUUGGAAAGGCACACACCUGUCUAUAUAAGGUCCCACAAUUGACAGUGCAUGUCAGGGCAAAAACCAAGCCAUGAGAUCGAAAGAAUUGUCCAUAGAGCUCCGAGACAGGAUUGUGUCCUGGCACAGAUCUGGGGAAGGGUGCCAAAACAUUUCUGCGGCAUUGAAGGUCCCCAAGAACAAAGUGGCCUCCAUCAUUCUUAAGUGAAGAAGUUUGGAACCACCAAGACAAUUCCUAGAGCUGAAGCAUGGUGGUGGCAGCAUCAUGCUGUGGAGAUGUUUUUCAGCGGCAGGGACUGGGAGACUAGUCAGGAUCGAGGCAAAGAUUAACAGAGCAAAGUAUGCUCAGGACCUCAGACUGGGUUGAUGGUUCCCCUUCCAACAGGACAACAACCCUAAGCACACAGCCAAGACAAUGCAGGAGUGGCUUCAGGACAAGUUCUGAAUGUCCUUGAGUGGCCCAGCCAGUGCCCGGACUUGAACCCGAUCGAACAUCUCAGGAUAGACAUGAAAAUAGCUGUGCAGCGACGCUCCCCAUCCAACCGGACAGAGCUUGAGAGGAUCUGCAGAGAAGAAUGGGAGAAACUCCCCAAAUACAGGUGUGCCAAGCUUGUAGCGUCAUACCCCAGAAGACUCGAGGCUGUAAUCGCUGCCAAAGGUGCUUCAACCAAGUACUGAGUAAAGAGUUUGAAUACUUAUGUACAUUUCUAAAAACCUGUUUUUGCUUUGUCAUGUGGUAUUGUGUGUAGAUUGAAGAGGAAAAAAUUAAUUUUAUCCAUUUUAGAAUAAGGCUGUAACGUAACAAAAUUUGGACAAAGUCGAGGGGUCUGAAUACUUUCUGAAUGCACUGUAUGUUGGAAGAUGUGUGGUGAAAGUUUGGGAGAAAUAGGAUACAAAUCGGAUAUAUAUAUUUUUUCAACACCCAAUAUACACCACUUCUGUAGAACGACCCAUAUAGGGAAUAGGGUGCCAUUUGGGAAGUACACAGUGUGUUGUUGGGAAUUGAACCCAAUGAACUACCACUACAUACUGUAAGUAGGAGGAUAUUGCUGAAAAAAAUCUAUCCUGUAAAUCUCCUGGGGAAAAAACAAGGGACGAGAGAGUAGGGUGAGAAAAGCAAAACAAAGCUAAAAGCAGACCACACCACCCUGCUGAGAGAGGAGCAGACCACACCACCCUGCUGAGAGAGGAGCAGACCACACCACCCUGCUGAUAGAGGAGCAGACCACACCACCCUGCUGAGAGAGGAGCAGACCACACCACCCUGCUGAGAGAGGAGCAGACCACACCACCCUGCUGAGAGAGGAGCAGACCACACCACCCUGCUGAUAGAGGAGCAGACCACACCACCCUGCUGAUAGAGGAGCAGACCACACCACCCUGCUGUGAGAGGAGCAGACCACACCACCCUGCUGAGAGAGGAGCAGACCACACCACCCUGCUGAGAGAGGAGCAGACCACACCACCCUGCUGA